AGGGGCAUAGUGGGGGAGGCCCCUCUGUCCCAUUGAUAAGUUCGUUCACAGGGAGCCGGCUAAAACAGACCAAACCCUCAAGCCGUCAUUCCCUCUACUCUAAAAAGGUUCCACCACCUCUCCCAGAACUCGGUCCGGGGAAUGUUCCUCACCUGGCCCUGCCUGGGCUGAAGCUCCAUGUGAUCUUAGAAAAGCCGAGAGGACCGCGUAGGCGAACAUCGCCGGCCAUGAGUCCUCCCAGGCUGCAAGCGUCGCUCUCACUGCUGCUGCUGCUGGGCGGCUGUCUCCUCGAGGCCGCCCGGAGGGACACAGGGGCGGCUAGAAGCGAGGUGGAGCCGGCCCCGGGCCCCGCGAGCAACUCCGGCCGCUUCUUCAGCCCAGAGAAGCACGAGUGCAGCUGGCAGCUCCUGCAGACGGUCCUCGGGGCCGCGGCAAGCAGCGAGCUGGCGCUCAGCUGCCAAGACCCGGACGGGGCGCGGUACCAGUGCGCCUACCGCGGAGAGCCGCAGCGCUGCGCCGCCUACGCGGCCCGUGGCUCCCACUACUGGAAGCAGGUGCUGAGCCGACUGCGCAAGAAGCUGCGGCCCUGCCACGAUCCCGCGCCACUCAAGGUCCGCCUUUGCGCCGGCAAGAAGGGUCACAGCGCUGAGCUGCGCCUGGUGCCCGGCGCGCCGCCGCCCACGGGCCCCACUGCCGUGGGCUUCCCUAGGAAGCCCAAGCCCCUGACCAGGGGCCGGGGACUGAUCCGGAAGCAUGCUUCCGGCUCAGCCGCACCGGCCCCGACUCCCCCGAGCGCAAGGUCCAAAGUGAAGCCCUCUGAGAAAACUAAAGGGAGCAAGAGGAAGGAGCUACUCUUGGGGACCAGGCCCGAUCCGGACGGCCUGGACGAGAACGCGGAACUAACGGAGACCUACUGCGCUGAGAAGUGGCACUCCCUUUGCAACUUCUUUGUCAAUUUCUGGAACGGCUGAGGCUGCCGGCCUGGGGAG